GGCCCCUUAAGAGUUUGGGAGAUCUGAUAUAUACAAAGAUCAAAAGAAAUAAGAAAUACUGGUAGAGAGGAAGUAGCCUCAAGAAAAUGUAGUGCUUGAGUGGGGAAAACCUGUUACUGUUUCUUUAAGGACCUGGGACUAGGAGCCUCUUGCCCAGCCAAUUGGGAUGAACUUCAGGAAGGAAGACCAGCAUAUAUGCUGCCUCCUACCUCACAGCAGAGGAGAUACUAACAGGAGAAGUCUGGCUUGCUGAGCUCUCCAUGUUGGAGGACUAAUUGGGGGAAAAGGAGCCAGCUGAAGGAGAAGCUAGCUAAGGCCCUCGUUGGCCUAAAUCACAACCCCAGCUCUAAUGAAGGAGAGCUGUGAAGAAUCCUGUUUUAAGGAAGGAGUUACUGCCUGCCUGAACCAUAAUCCCAGCUCCAAGAUGAGGGCUGGUUAUGCGGAUUCCUGCCUUCUGGAAAGAGAGACUGCUUGCAGUAUAACCCAAGAAGACUAAGAAGGACCUUGAAAAAGCACCUCCGUAGCUGACUGGGAAGAAGCCACACAAGGAAAAAACUCCAGAAUGGGAAUAGUGGAGUCCAUGUUCCUGUGAGGGAUGCUGACAAACAGGGAAAAGGAUAGCUGCAGUCAUUGUGGAGAGUGUGUUGAGUAUCGGAUGCUUGUGGUGAGCUAUGGCGGCUGACGAUAAAGUUGCCAUUUUAACUGAUGAUGAAGAAGAGCAGAAGAGAAAGUAUGUGCUUGCUGAUCCUUUCAAUGGAAUUUCCAAGGAGCAAGAUCUCCAGCCCCAAAAUGAAACCCCUUCAACUGAGACCACCACUGUCCCUGACGAGGAGCUAGACUGGUUAGAAAGGCACUGUGUCAAAAUAAACAAUGAUCUUCUGAUCUCCAAGGUCUUUUAUUUUUUCUUUUAUUCUGCAUAUGGCUCCCUUUACCCAUUGCUUCCUGUGUAUUAUAAGCAGCUGGGCAUGUCGGCUAGUCAGAGUGGACUUCUGGUGGGCAUUAGGUACUUUAUUGAAUUCUGCAGUGCUCCUUUCUGGGGAGUGGUGGCAGAUCGCUUUAAAAAAGGGAAAGUUGUCCUUCUCUUUUCGCUUUUAUGUUGGAUUUUAUUUAACCUGGGGAUUGGAUUUGUUAGACCAGCUACCUUAAGAUGUGUACCAAAGGUCCCUCCACCACCACAUCCUUCCAAUGCCAGCCACCUUUUAACAUCGCUGCCGCAAAAUGCCACCAUUUCUUCUCUGCUAACUACAGCUAGUGCUACAUUACAGAAGGGUCGUGGGAAGCGGGACCUGUUAACUAACAGUCCCCCAACUUUGGAAUUGUUUCCAUUUUCUGCUCAGACCAGAAAUGGAGACCUUGCCUUGGAUAACAACAAUACAAAUUUUAUUUUAAAGAAUACCACCACUAACCCAGGACUGCCAGGAAAUAUGACCCACCCUACACCACCACCUGUUGUCACCACAAAACCAGUAUCUUUUGACCACGUCAUGCUGGUUUAUGAUCAUCAAGAAGUAGAAGCUAUCUUUCUACUCAUUCUCUUGGUUGUUAUUAUAGGAGAGUUUUUCAGUGCCUCAUCUGUUACCAUUGUGGACACCGUGACUCUCCAAUAUCUUGGCAAACACAGGGACCGCUAUGGCUUGCAACGGAUGUGGGGCUCUCUGGGCUGGGGACUGGCCAUGCUAUCGGUGGGAAUUGGUAUAGACUAUACCCGUAUAGAAGUGAUCAUCGAAGGUCUGGGGUGCAAAGCUCCUGAGUACAAGAACUACAGGAUUGUUUUCAUAGUCUUUGGUGUACUGAUGUCAAUGGCGCUUAUUGUGGCCACCCAGUUCAGAUUCCAUUAUAACCACUACAAAGAAGAUGAAAACAAGAGGAAGGAAGUAGAGAUCCCACAAGUGGAUGGAAAUGCCUCCACUGAAUCCUCUGAUGACACCCCCAGCAGCAUAAGCCAGUCUCAGUCCUUCAGUUUUUGGGACCUGAUAAAGCUUCUUUGCAGUAUACAGUAUGGGUCUGUGCUGUUCGUGGCUUGGUUUAUGGGGUUUGGGUAUGGGUUUGUGUUCACCUUUCUCUACUGGCACUUGGAAGACCUAAAUGGCACUACCACCCUCUUUGGAGUCUGUUCUGUCUUGAGCCACGUGUCUGAGCUGACUGCCUACUUCUUUAGCCACAAGUUGAUUGAACUGAUUGGUCACAUCAGAGUGCUCUAUAUUGGCCUUGCCUGUAAUACAGCUCGCUACAUUUAUAUCUCCUAUUUGGAAAAUGCCUGGACUGUUCUCCCUAUGGAAGUACUUCAAGGUGUAACCCAUGCAGCCAUAUGGGCAGCUUGUAUUUCGUAUCUUAGUGCUGCAGUGCCUCCAGAAUUAAGAACUUCAGCUCAGGGGAUUCUACAAGGUCUCCACUUAGGUCUGGGCAGAGGAUGUGGGGCUAUGAUCGGAGGGGUUUUGGUCAACUAUCUUGGGGCUGCUGCAACAUUCAGGGGGAUAGGAAUGGCCUGUUUAGUAAUCCUACUACUCUUUGCAUUAAUCCAGUGGCUAGCUGUUCCUGAUGAAAAAGAAGAGAAGACAAUGCUGGCAGAAAGGAUCCCAGUGCCUUCCAGCCCUGUUCCCAUAGCAACCAUCGACCUCAUACAUCAACAGUCAGAAGAUAUCAUGCCUCGAACUGAGCCCAGACUUCCUCCCAAGAAAACGAAGCACCAAGAAGAACAGGAAGAUGUGAACAAGCCUGCGUGGGGGAUCAGUUCUUCUCCCUGGGUUACUCUGGCUUACGCUGUCUAUCAAAUAAAGGAGAUGGUACAGCUGUCUAAAAGCAAUCUGAUGCCUGAAAACCAGCCUUUGCAGUUAGGAAAAAAAUGGAAGAAAGCCAGUGAGAAUCAGAGUGCUCCAGCAGCCAGUCCAACAGAACAGCCCCCAAAUCUGAGAGAAACUGAUGAAUCCAGAGAUUGUUCAAUAUCUGCAGCGACACUCAACUCCCAAACUGACCCAGAGCCCCCUAGUGUUGGAUCAGCUUCCCUUUGUCAGUAACGCUCCAUCUGCUGCUGCAGGGCACUAAGAUGACUUCAUCUUAUCAAAUCCACUGCAUGAAAGCGUGCUGCUCUGCUGGGAAAUGGUGGAACAAGAGCUCAAAAGAGCCCUUCACCUUAUGUGACUAGGAACUACAGGCGCUCAGCAUGUCUUGAAAUCAGACACAUCACAUGAUGCAGCACAAGCUUUUAAAUAUUUAAGACCAUUUAUAUGACUAUAUACAGUAGCAACAUUGCAGGGGAAGCUAAAGGUCUGGAAGGCUUGGUAGAGGAAAUGGAACUGAAUCUCACUGCCUUAGAAAUUCUCAGUUGCUUUGCUAAAGUUUGGUCAAAUGUUAUGAGAUUCUUUGCAAUCUGUAGAGAAAGGGGAGCUUAUACUGACAGUUGUGUACUGUGAAGAAAAAACACUAAGUCACUUGAUAUAAUUUCCCCUAUUUGAUCAAUUAGUUUAAAUUUAAUUUUUCCCCACAGAGAAACUAAACUGGAGAAGAAAACACUAUAGUCUUUCUUUUUAGGAGAAAAAUUGCAUUUCCCUGGAAAAGUUAAAUAAACUAAGAGACAUUAGACAAAGUAAAUACAUAAAUAAAGGUGCAGCCUAGUCUUUUGCAAAGACUUCUCAAAAACCUGGAAUAGCUUCAGCAAGAAUGUUUUUAUAAUGUGGUGAUGGAUAAAGUGACACCAAGUGGAAUCUUUGAAUAGUAAAGCUGCCAUUAACGCUCUUCCGAGAGGUAGGUUUAGUUUGGCAAGGCAUAAACUUUUGAAAAGGGCAUUUUAGAAAGAACCAAAUAGAGGUGAGGUUAAAUCAACUCAGUAUGCUUACAGCCCUUCACUAAACGGGGUGUUUGCUAAAUGUAUGUGUGUAUAAUUUUAGGUUUGAUGAUAUGCCCAAGACCACAGACCUUGGUCAAGAUUGGGCAGUUUGAGAUUGAUUGAGAGUGUCCACUGGAAAUAUCUUUUUAUUUUAUUUUUUGUUUCAUCAUAUUAAAUAUUGUUGAACUAAGUGUUCCUACUGUGGUUAUGUAUAGAAGAUAAUAAGAGCUUCAAGUGCCUGGGGAGGGAAUUGCCUGUAAAUCAUAAUGAUUGGGGGUAGGGAGGGGGAGAUGCUGUUAACAGGAGUUUCAAUGAGCAAAACCCUCCGAAAUAAAGAAACAUGAUUAAAUUGACCGUAUGUUUAGAGACUUGUUUUAUACAGACAGUGUCAGACACUGGAAGAUUUUGAGUUAUGUCUAGUCAUGCUUUUCAAUGUUAACUGUAGCCAGCCCACUGGCUGGUUCAUAACACAGAUUGCUGCUGAGAGGAGAACUUGGGUUCAAGGUUGAAAUCAAUGGGCUGGCAUGGGGUGUUAGUCAGGACAGUGUUUGUCCCAGUGUCUCACAUCCUUGAACUGAUCCUGAGGGGCUGAGCCCAUGUAGCUUCCAUUGAAGUGACUAGGAACUGCAGGUGCUCAGCCUGUCUUGGAAUCAGACACGUGCUCAACAGGCUUCCUUGCAGAAGGUGCAUGCUGCCCUCACUUGACUUCAGUGCACAGCCUGUGGCAUGAUACAGCUGGGUGUGAGGGAGGAAGAGAAGAAUGAUGGUUUAGAAUGAAGCGGUGAGUGGAAAUUCCAGACCCUUUGAUCCCCAGUUGGAUGAACUAAGGCCUCCCCUGCUAUCCUCGCACAUGCCUUAGCAAGGUCUAUGAGGCUGAGGUCGAGCGCACACAUUGGUGCCUGGGACCAGCACCACAAAGAGAGUACAAUUAAAUGCUAAUAACUAGCCAUUAGUUAUGUUUUGCACUUGAACUUAAAUGUACUGUACUGUAAAUUCUCAUGACUCGUUGAAGUGUCCUUUAAAAUCAGAAAUGUAUUUAUUGUAUGUUUGUAUAACAUUUUGGGAAUGGAGAACUGAAUGGGUGACAGGCUAAAGGUGUUAAAUCUUCUCAGCUAAGCGAAAACAUUUAUACAGAGUUAAUGCAAUAUGGUGUUACCUCAACUUCUACUGAACAGCACCUACAUUGCGAGGUGGAUAUCUUACAUAUUGUGUUUACACUUCCAAAUUGUUGUUUUGAAAUGCCUGCUCUUUUGGAACUGUACAUUCAUUCCCUGUUGCAAAGUGAACAUGUACACAUGGGUUUUGAUAUUUGUGAAAAUUGUAAAAGUGCAGUAAGAAAAAUAUAAAAUAUCUAUAAUGUGUUUAAAA